CAAUCAGCAGCCUUCUCUUCCCCAAAGAAACUGUACUACGCGUCGCCAUUGAUUGACUAGGGCCAGUUAAGUAGAGAGGAGAGAGAGGAGCUUGCCGGAGCCGCGCGGUGGCUGCGCUCGCCGGCGGGGAAGAGGGGUCGCGGGCCGCGCGCCUCCAGUCUUUCUUCGCUUCCGUGCUCUCCGGGCUCUUUGGCCAGGGCGAGGGCGACGAGGAGGAAGAAGAGAUGGCCACACGCAACCACAACGCCGGUGCCGCUCCGCAGCUUCAACACGACAGAGGCGAUGUUCCCGCUCUUCGAAAGCAGAAGGCCGUCGUGGCAGGCAGAGCUGACGCCCAGAACCGUCGAGCCCUGAACGACAUUGGCAACGUCGUGAGAGUCCAAGCAACCGAAGGGAAGCCGCAGCCGCAGGAGCUGGUCAACCGCCCUGUAACCAGAAGUUUUGGUGCUCAACUUGUCAAGAAUGCAAUCAAGCAGAAUGCCGCGAUUGCACCUGCAGCGGUGGCGAGGCCUGCGCCGAGGCCAGCCAGGAAGGCUCCUGCCAAGCCUCCUCCUCCUGAGCGUGUGAUCGAAAUCAGCUCUGACUCUGACGAGAGCAAGACGCAGUCCGAGAGCAGCGCCAGCUCUGUGCGCAAGUGCUCGAGGAAGAAGGUCAUUAACACCCUUACUUCCGUGAUGUCAGAGCGCUCUAAGUUUGCAUGUGGGAUCACUGAUAAGGCUCGGCAAGUGAUCGAAGACAUCGACAAGCUGGAUGGCGACAAUGAGCUCGCGGUCGUGGACUACAUUGACGACAUCUACAAGUACUACAAGAUUGCUGAGCAUGAGAGCCGGCCAUGUGACUACAUCGACGCCCAGGUGGAGAUCAAUUCCAAAAUGAGGGCUAUCCUGGCCGACUGGAUCAUUGAAGUGCAUCACAAGUUUGAGUUGAUGCCCGAGACUCUCUACUUGACUAUGUACAUCGUCGACCAAUACCUCUCACUACAGCCCGUCCUGCGAAGGGAGCUGCAGCUGGUUGGCGUUUCAGCCAUGCUGAUAGCUUGCAAGUAUGAAGAAAUUUGGGCCCCCGAGGUGAACGAUUUCAUCUUGAUAUCAGAUAGCGCUUACAGCAGGGAGCAGAUUCUUUCAAUGGAGAAGGGAAUUCUGAAUAGGCUUGAGUGGAAUUUAACUGUUCCUACUUCAUAUGUAUUCCUUGUCCGCUUUCUGAAGGCGGCAUCAUCGGAUAUACAAAAUGACAAAGAGAUGGAGCACAUGGUCUUCUUCUUCGCCGAGUUGUCACUGAUGCAAUACGGUCUGGUGAUGCGCCUUCCUUCGAUGGUUGCUGCUGCUGCUGUCUAUGCAGCCAUGCUCACUCUGAAGAAGGCUCCCCUGUGGACUGACACGCUCAAACACCACACAGGGUUCAGUGAGUCACAGCUAAUGGACUGCGUCAAGAUGCUCGUGAGCUCGCACUUGACUGGUCCUGAAGGCAAGCUGAAGGUUGUAUACAAGAAGUAUUCCAGCGAGCAGUUCGGAGGGGUCGCGCUUCGUCCACCAGCAGUGGAGAUCUGCAAAUAAACGAAGAUAACUUCGUCCUAGAAUUUGUUUGCUUGUGCUUUAGAGAGUGUAAUGGAAGGCGAGUCUGACAUUCGCUAGGUUUUAUGUUUGCUUGUUUGGAGUCAAGAAAGAACACUUGAGACAGCCGUUUCUUUGCUACGCUGUUCUCUUAGGAGUCAGGAGUGUUAUCUGACUUGUGUUGUGACUUUGGCAGUUCUGCUGCUAUGUGACAACUCGGUGUACAUAUAAGUAUGAAAUCGGAAAUGUUUGCAGGUUUGAAUAUUUUUUUGCUUAGUAUAAUAGUAAAUCUCAAUUUUAUCUAUAGCUUCGUACGCAUGAUGGAUUGGAAACGAGCAGUACUAUAAUUUUCUUCA